AUGCCCGUCGCCGUGCAGACUGCGGUCAAGCGCAUCAAGGAGCGCAAGGUCGGCGAGAAUGGCUUCUCGGGCUUCCGUCCGCGCGAGACCGAGCUCUUCAAGGCCGGCGCACAGCCGUUUGGCCCGGACACCCGCGCCCUGACGAGCGACAUUCGUCUCGACCACGACGUCGAAAUCGUCGUGCGCGACGGUGCGCGGCUCUACAUUGACGUCUACCGCCCGGAGGGCUCGGGCGACACCACGGAGAAAGUGCCCGCCAUCCUGGGAUGGUCUCCGUAUGGCAAGAAAUACAGCUCGCUGGACAUGCUGCCGAUGACGGUGUGGCACUCGUGCGUCAAGCGGUCGGACCUCAGCGGCCUGGAAAAGUUUGAGGGGCUCGACCCGGCGGUGUGGUGCCCAAAAGGGUACGCGGUGGUGAGCGUGGACGCGCGGGGCGCGGGCAACAGCGACGGGCACAUCUGCGUUCUGGGCUCGCAGGACGCCGAGGACAUGUACGACGUCAUCGAGGCCGUGGCGGCGCUGCCGUGGUGCAGCGGCAAGGUGGGCAUGGCCGGUAACUCGUGUCUCGCCAUUGCGCAGUGGUACGCGGCGGCACAGCAGCCGCCGUCGCUGGCGGCGAUUGCGCCGUGGGAAGGCCUGAGCGACCUGUACCGGGAGCAGUUUGUGCGCGGCGGGUGGUUCAGCAUGUCCAACUUUGACCUCAUCACGGCCGAGAUUUUGCGCGGGCCGGCGGCGUCGGGCGUCGAAGACUUUGCGGAAAUGUACCGGCGCAGCCCGACGAUCAACGCGUGGUGGGCCGACAAGCGCGUGGACAUGACGCGGAUCCAGUGCCCGGCGUACAUCCGCGGGUCCGACGUCAGCAACCUGCACAACAUGGGCGCGAUCCGGGCGUGGCUCGAGAUCCCGCACGACAAGAAAUGGAUCCAGUGGGGCGCGUACCAGGAGUGGUACGAGCUGUACAGCGUCCCGGAGUCGGCGACGCAGCUGCAGCACUUCUUUGACUUUUAUCUGCGGGACCAAAAAAACAACGGCUGGGAGACGGACACCCCCAAGGUGCGCUGGACGACGCUACCCUUUGGCGACGCGCCGCCCGUGCACGACAUUGAGCUCGCCGCCUGGCCGGUGCCCGACACGCAGUACCUGGAGCUGUUUGCGGGCGAGGGCGGCCGGCUCGUGGACGCCGCCCCCGCGUCAGUCCAGAAGCUCACGUAUAAUGCCGAGGACAAGAACGCCUGGCUCGAGUUUACGCACACCUUUGGCGAGCCCGCCCGCCUGCUCGGCAUUCCCAAGGUCACCGUCUUUGCCGCGUCGGCCACGCGCGACGACUUUGUCCUCUUUGUCAUCCUCCGCAAAAAGGACCGCAGCGGCAAGGACAUGGUGCACCUCAACUUCCCGCUGCACGCCGCGCCGAUCAGCUCGGUCGCCGAGGUCGACGACGCCCAGACCCAGAGCGUCAACACCCACUACGGCCAGAUGGGCAUCCUGCGCGCCUCCCACCGCGCCAUUGACGCGUCCCGCAGCAUCCACCCCAACUUCCCCUUCCACCCGCACGACAAGGAAGACAAGGUACCUCCCGGUACCGUCGUCAAGCUCGAGAUUGGCCUCUUUAGCCUGGGCGUCGACUACGAUGCCGGCGAGAGCAUUUCCGUGCGCAUCAGCGGGCAGAACCCGACGGCCGCCGAGUUCAGCCGCUGGUCGGCGCCACGCCCGGACCACGAGCUCAACAAGGGCGAGCACACCAUCUACUUCGGCGGGCAGUACCCGACGUCGGUGAGUCUGCCGUACGUUGGCAAGCCGGCGGGUGGUCAUGUUCACGAGUGA